AUGGCUACAGCGCUGGCCUCACAGCUGGCCCAGAUUCGCGCCAAGUCUACCAAUCCACUCGACCUCAAAGCUCAAAAGAAAGCACAUUCGCGGUCCCUUCUCUACGAACCUGGUGUCGCCGCAACCCAGGACUUCGAUUCGUUGUACCAGAUAUGCUACGAGGGCUUCCAGGAACUCUGCCUUUUGGACUCGAGGUUCGCCGGCUUUGCCAAUAAUCUUUUCAGCGAACAGAGCAAGCAGGAAGAGCGAACGCAGAUGACUGCUGCCCAAAACCAACAGCUUGAUGUUGUCCUUGAGGAGUUCUUACAUCUAGUCGGGAGUAAGCUGCUAUUGAAACCGGCUCUUAAAGCGGUGGAAUGGCUCGUCAGGCGAUUCAGGGUUCACCAAAAUAACACUAUGUGCCUGGUACUCGCCUUUCUGCCAUUCCACAACGCUCCGGUAUUCCCUACGAUGCUCUCACUCAUACCCGAAGAUUUAUCACCCACUCUCAGGUUUCUCCACCCCUACGUUCAAGCCCUUGCAAAGCCACCGCGUCACGCAAUCGUACAUGCUGCAUCCACCAACCGCCAAUUCUUCACCGCUAUGAGUGCUUUCGUACUUGAUUCCGGUCACUUAGGUUUCCAAAAUCCCACCUUGGUAUCAUUCUGGGCGUCAGUUGCUACUGAAGCUGUGGCUGCGAUGCUUGACCAGGGUCGCUCCGCUAGACGCGAGGCACAGAAGCAAAACCAAGAAGACAUCGUUCGUUUCUUGUUACCUGUCCUUAACGAUGGUCUCUCUGUUGAUAAUGUGCCGGACCUUCGGAUGGGAUGCUACAUGAUUCUAACGAUCUUAGCCUCCAAAGCUAGCCUAGAUGAUGGUGUACUAUCUGUAAUGAUGGAAGCGAUCACGUCCGACUGGUCCCAGACUUCCCAUGCAGGACUGAUAUGCUUGGGUGUUUUGGCUGAGCAAAAGCGAACAGCCGGUCUACCAGGCAAAACCUUCGAAGCGGUCAUCGCGCUCGAACGCCUUGAUGACGACCUUUUGACACUCAAUAAGCAGUACAAGAUUGACAAGCUUGUUCUAGGUGUCGCGCUUGGUAUUAUUUCAAGACUUAGAAAAGCUCGAGACACAAGCGGGCUGCGGCUUUUGAGAACCUUGAUGGAAGCCAAUGUUAUGAGUGAUGCUUCCAUCAAGGCUGUGGUCAAAUCAGUAAUCUAUGAAGCUCAGACGACGGCGCCAAAUCCGAAUCCAAAGUUCGAUGUGCAAGGGUCGUUGGCAGACCUUGUUCUUCUUAUGUGCGAUUCGAAAGAUGUUGGGGCUGUCAUACACAGCACCAUGGAAGAGUCAAACUUUGACUUGAAAUAUCUGGAAAACAGACUCCGACGGGUAAAUUAUAGCAAAGAGAGCACACCUGAGCAGCUUACUGAAGAUGUGGACAUGGAGAAUGCAGAAAGACAAAUGACGACAGGCGACUUCGAGACUGUAAUGAGCCGAAUCCCAACACGGACAGCCUAUGAGAUAUCUUUUCUGUCACACUCAGACUCCUACGUCUAUGGCAGCCUGGCUCACGCUUUUCUCUCGAUCUACACUUCUACAAUGAACCUAGAAAGAUUUUCUAAUCUACCGGUCCUUCGGAAGUCCCUAGGAAUGACUGAGCCUCUUUUCCUUUCAUUCUUUGUCCGAAUAUGGUGCGGCCAUUGCUCAGCAACAGCGAGAACAGCAGCGAUCCGGACUGUGGUGGAAUACCUCAGGAAGGAAACUCUUACAGCUGAUGUGCAGAUGUUAUUGCCGUACAUACUGUACGCGCUGGCUGAUACGUCUCCCAGCGUUCGCCGCGCAGCCGCAGAACUUGUCUUGGUCCUAGCGCCUGCUUAUAAGAAAACGGCUGACAAGGAAAAUAAAAGUACCAAUCGACCAAUAUUGGGCCAGCAGCAAAUUUAUGGUCAGGGCGGUGAGACUCAAGCAGUGACAUGGCUUUCUAAUAAAGAGACCGACAGCAUCUUGGACCUAAUGGUUCCAAAUCUCGAAGAAUGCAUGCUUGAUGAAAGCCACGUAUCUCAGCUCCUUUCAGAUAACCUCAACGGCCCAAAGCACAGCAAAGGUUCCAACAUUACGCAAAGGGAAUUGAAGAAGCCUCUACGACUAGCUUUGCUCAGCAGUAUCUGUAGUCAUGUUGUCAAUACACCGCUAUACGCCGUCAAAUCUCGCCUACUUCAGAUGCUAAAUCAGGUGCCCAAGGUGGGCAGCACUUCCCGUACGAAGUUAUUGCUUCCUUUGCUAUUAAACACUUUGAAACAAGGUCAACACGAUUUUGAACGUAUCUGCGACGAGGAGCAGCUUGUAUCAUCGCAGCUACUGGACAGACUGGUCAGCAUCGUUAUACCAGGCGAUCGUGAUGGUAUUCAAACCUUGAAGUCUAUCAUCGAGCCUCUGAAUAACCUAAACUUCCCAAGUCUAAGAGCCGCAGCAUUGCGCCGCCUACAGAUCACUUGGGAAUUCAUCAAAAUCGAUCUCCAAUCCUCGUUGGCAAAAGCUUUGUUUGAGUCAGCUGUUGGCAAUGUAGAAGCUGGGGCAAAUGGCAACCAAGAGGCUGAGUCUAUGGAAACGUUACGGACAUUGCCACUUUCUACUGCUACACUCCGAUCCUUCGUAGAGAAUGUGCCUUCGAUUCUGCCUGCUUUACAGGACGGGGCCCCAGUGUUGAAGCGCAAGCGGACAAGUCACGGCCAUUCGAAUGAUGCUGGCGCCCUCGAUGAACGCAAUCUCGCAUCUGCCAUCCGGCAAAUUACAUUUGUCCUUGAGUUAGUAGGAGAUGCCAAAACUGAACGCCAUCCUGAACUCUUAGGAGGUCUCUCCAAGAUCAUGUGUGACUUACAACAGUCUCGAAGCCAUCCAGCAACAGCCACAGGCUAUCUUCAAGUGCUGGCUAUUGAAGGCAUGCUUGCCAUCGUAAAAAGAGCCGAGGCCCCAACAGGCUUGCAGAUUGACCAUGCAUCGGUUCGAUCCGACGUUCUCAUUGACUGCAUCAGGACUACCACAAAUUCUCAAGUGCGCAAUUCUGCUUUACUGCUAGUGUCAGCUCUCGCAAAGUUUAACCCAGAAUUGAUUUUGCACAGCAUUAUGCCUAUUUUUACAUUCAUGGGUGCCAACGUCCUGCGUCAGGAUGAUGAUUUCUCGGCAUAUGUGGUAAAGCAGACCAUGGAAUCAGUUAUCCCAUCUCUGGUACAGUCACUACACAAACGAAAAUAUGGCCCACUUGUGGGUGUCUCCGAGCUUUUACUGAGUUUUGCCGCUGCCUACGAGCAUAUACCAGCCCAGCGACGGCUCGAUCUUUUUGUAUCACUAGUGAACAAAGUUGGUGCUAGCGACUAUCUUUUCGCUUUGACCGCAAUCUUGUUGGACAAGUACCCGAGCGAUAGAAGUGUAGUACAGUUCGCCACUGAUCUUACCAGCCGCUACAGCGUGAAGACGCGCCUCCAGGUAAAGAUCCUCCAAAAGCUGCAUGUAGAUGGCUCUGAUGUCUUGCAGAUGGUGAAACAAUUUUUGGGCUUAAUUGUAGAUGCUCGGAAACCAAAGCCAACCUUUUCCAAGUCUUUACUGCAGCUCGAUGACGUUGACAGAGCUGCUUCAAAUUUACUUCCAUUGACUCCUGCAAUCCUCGGCGAUGCGAACCUGAUCUCCAAGGCGUCCAGAAGACUACGCGACGGCGGCGAGGAUGCUGCAAAGAUCCGCGCUCUGUUUACAAAUAUCCUCGAAGACACGUUCACUCUUUUGGAGCAUUACAGAGGGAACAAGACAUUGAAUGUACUAUGUAUGCAACUUUUAGAUGCAUCCCUAAGAUUACUACCUAUAUCGGAAUUGAUCGAAAGCAUUCAAAUUUUGCUUGCACGAACAGAGAACAACAUCCGCCAACAGGUACUUCGAUCAUUCGGAGAUCGUCUCAAGGACAAAAAGCUCGACUUGAAAGCAUCGCAGGCCGCGUGUCUCGCGUUCCUCCCUCAUCUCGCGUCCAUCAUUAGGGAGUCUGCAGACGUGUCUCUAAAACACACAGCUGUUGUUUGUAUAGAUGGUAUCGCGGAAAUGUUCGGCAAGAAGGACGUCGCUGCGAUCGUUGCCAGUGCCAGAAUCGUUGCCGGAGACGAAUGCCUGAGGGCAAGCGAAAGCAGUCUCCGAACUAUCUCUAUCUUGUGUCUCGCGACAAUUGUCGAAGUGUCAAGCGAUAGCUUUAUUUCGAUCGUACCGCUCGCUCUUCCUAAGGCAAUGGACAGCUUGGCGACCAGCAUUGGCGAAGAUACAGAAGAUGGUGCCCUGCACAACGCAGUCUACUCAUUUUUUGGCGCUCUCAUCAUUUACGUGCCAUGGAUGGUUACAAGCGCCGAUAUGGACUCUGUGCUGAAGCUAUCAUUUGAGUCAGCUAACGCUGGAAUGAGUGAAGAGUGUAAUCAAAGUCGCAUUGAGGCUUUACGACUCAUGUCUAAAAAGUUGGAAGCGAAGGACUGCUUGGCUGCUUUGGAUAGAACUUUUACGAUUGCAAUGACUGAGGGACCGCUGGCUGUUAAGGAGCAUCUUGAAAUCUUGCGUCUCACAAUCGACCGUCAGCCCAAAUCGAUGAUUGUUCAGCACUCAGAGACGUUGGGUGGCUUGUUUCUAAGAAUUUUUGACUUACGGAGAAUCCAGCUGUCACCACUUACUGGCUGUAGUUAUGACAUGGGGGAGAUUCAAGUAGUCGAAGACGCCGUCAACGAAACCGCAAUCUCUAUGGUCUACAAACUCAAUGACGCAACGUUUAGACCUAUGUUUUCGCGAAUGCUAGAAUGGACCACCUGUCCAACAUCAAAGAAAGACAUGAAAGCUAUGAUUCAUAGGCAGACAAGCUGGUACACUUUCCUUCUCAAGUUCUUUGGCACUCUCAAGUCCAUCGUCACCAGCUACGCAGCUUUCAUCAUAGACGACGCCGUAGAGAUACUUAAGGAUAUCUCCCUGAAUGACGAAGACUCAUUACUUCUAUGGCGACAGGUCAUACUUACUCUCCAAAGCACCUUCGAGCACGACCAAGACGGUUUCUACCAAACCCCCUCCCAUUUCGCAUCGAUUUCGGCCGCGCUCCUGGGCCAGCUUGACAACGCCCAAAAAGCUCCCCUUGUCCUUGAGCUGAUUCCUGCGAUCACUGAGCUGGCGAUCGCCACGGAUUCCGCCACCCACCAUAAGGAGAUGAACGCUACUAUAUUGAAAUGCAUGAGGUCGGAUAGAGCAGCGGUCCGUUUAGCCGCUAUUCAGAGUGAGCGAGCCUUGACGGAGAGGCUAGGAGAGGAGUGGCUAGCAUUACUGCCAGAGAUGCUACCUUUCAUCAGUGAGGCAUUGGAGGAUGAUGAUGAGGCGGUGGAGAAAGAGGUACAGAGGUGGGUAGUGGGGAUCGAAGGGAUACUAGGGGAGAGUCUCGAUCCAAUGCUGCAGUAA